AUCUAAGCGCCGUUCUUGACCAAUCUUUGCCUGCGUCAAUUGACGUGCAAAUCGCAUGCCGCAAACAUAAAUAGCAGAGCCGUCGCACCUUUAGAAAGUCCGACUCAAUGUAACAAAACUCCUCUGGCUCCAUCGGCUGCACGACGACCCGAUAUAUCCUACUCACAAUACGAUACCGCCGACAUAACGCGACUUCUCUCCGAACAUGUCGUCUGACGCUGGUAAGCUUUAUGCUGUGUGCUGCACAGCCGAGUUUCCUAUCGAUUCCGUGAACAAAGUGCUCUCCUCUAUCUAUAGGCAUAGGGAUGAUCACAACAGCUACUGGGAGCCUUAUUUUGUGGUCAUCGAUGAUCUAUCCAAAUCUUACAAAGAGGCCACGGUUCGGCUUGACGGUAGAGGAACUCUGCAUUCACCUUUUGUCGGCAAGAGCAAUGAAGAAAUCGCAAAAGCCGUAAGGGAUCUCCGAUUGUAUAACGAUUCCAAUCUCAACUACGUCCAAUUCAUGGUCCUGGACGAGGAGAACAUCAACAAAGAUUGGGCAUGGGUAGCAUUUGCCGAAGACGCCGAGGAGAAGAAGGACACCAUCAGCGUUCUUGAGGUCAAAGUUGGCCACGAGAUCUACGACUCCACGAUGCUAGCACUCAGCGUUGCAAGUCCGGACAUCGAUUCUCUAUUGGAAGCUAGGGAGACGUGCAAGGAUCAAGUCCUGAUCCAUGCCCAGCAGAUGUUCGAGAUAGAUUGUACCAACUGCCCUCAGGCUUGCAACAACCGCUGCUACGCCGUCUAUCAUGCAGGAGCGGUUAAUACCUUGACAUGGGACCAGCCAACCGCCGCCGUUGAGCGUCAACGACGUACAGCCUCGGGCUGCAAGCAGUCCAACGGUCUUAGUGUCUGUGGUACCGGUGGUAAAGCUCCCUAUAACUCGGAUCCUAACUCUGGUGACUGCGACGAAUACCCACAGGCCAGUACCCAACAGUCAGGUGCGGGAGCAAUUCUUCGAUGCAUGCCUGCAAGCGACAACAGAUCAGAGGGCGGUCAGCUCGCAGUGUUCUAUAACAAACCGGUGGCGAACGGCGGCUGUGGUGGAGUCGCACCUUGUCAAUUCACGAUCUUUUUGAAAGCAGAUUCAUAUACAAACGCUGAUUUCUGCUUCGAUGAUACCAAACUCAAUGAUGGGACGGAAUUUACACUCAAUAACGGCGCCUACGUUGAUGCAAAGCGCCGUCGCGAUGAAUCUGAGGUUGUGCCUCAUGUACCAGACCCUCGCGACUACGUUCCUGUCCCCCAGCGUCGUCAGUUUUUGUUGAGCACUGGCAAGACGACUCUUCUCGUCAGCAACGAUAUGAACACGACAUUCGAUGGAAAGCUUAUGGCCACUGUAGACGGACCAGUUACAAUUGUCAAGGAGUUGUUUGGAGACGAGAAGGACGAACGGUUCAGACCUUCCAAAUAAUUCCUGGUCACUGAUCGGACGUAGAGAGGGUCUAGAGAAGGUCGAGAAAAAUGCAGAUUUGAUUUCUCAUAACUGGAUACUUAGAGCGGUUCAAGAUCAUUCUUCUUGUGUUUUUCGGAGUUUCUUUAGUGCUUCGUAAGCACUCGAUAU